AUGGCUGAAGUUUCUGCUGAACCAAAUCUACACUCUUUAAUCACUUCUACGACUCAUAAAUGGAUUUUUGUUGGUGGUAAAGGUGGUGUUGGUAAGACCACAUCAUCCUGUUCGAUUGCAAUCCAGAUGGCGAUCAAUCAACCUGAGAAACAGUUCUUAUUGAUUUCGACUGAUCCAGCGCAUAAUUUGAGUGAUGCGUUUAACGAGAAGUUUGGUAAAGAUGCUCGGAAGGUGACUGGUAUGAAUAAUUUAUCAUGUAUGGAGAUUGACCCUUCGGCCGCAUUGAAGGAUGUCAAUGAUAUGGCUGUUGCGAGCGAUGUUGGUGACGACGGUUUAUCGGAGCUAUUCCAGGGGGGCGCAUUGGCAGAUUUGACUAGUUCCAUACCAGGUAUAGAUGAAGCCCUAUCAUUUAUGGAAGUUAUGAAGCACAUAAAGAGACAGGAGGAGGGUGAAAGCGAAAGAUACGAUGUAGUGAUCUUUGAUACUGCCCCCACUGGUCAUACAUUAAGGUUUUUGCAGUUGCCAAAUACUUUGUCUAAGUUGUUGGAUAAGUUUAGUACUUUGACUAGCAGAUUGGGGCCUAUGAUAAAUUCGCUAGCUGGGAACAGCAAAGUUGACGUGGUUUCGAAAAUGAAUGAAUUAAAGGCUAAUGUUGAAAAAAUAAAGCAACAGUUCACGGAUCCAGAUUUGACGACCUUUGUAUGCGUCUGCAUCAGUGAAUUUUUGUCGUUGUAUGAGACGGAAAGAUUAAUCCAAGAGUUGAUAUCUUACGAUAUGGACGUUAACUCCAUCAUUGUGAACCAGUUGUUGUUUGCGGAGAACGACAAAGAACACAACUGCACGAGAUGUCAGUCAAGAUGGAAAAUGCAAAAGAAGUACUUGGCCCAGAUUGAUGAACUAUACGAAGAUUUCCAUCUCGUUAAGAUGCCAUUAUGUGCUGGUGAGAUCAGAGGGUUGGAAAAUUUGAAGAGAUUUUCUCACUUUUUGAACAAGGAAUACAACCCAGAAACCGAUAACGAAGUUAUUUAUCAAUUGGAACAAAAUACUUAG